AUGUUUAUUUUUCUAUUUCAGUGUAACGAAUAUCACAAGAAAGAGAUUAGUGGAGAUAUCUGCUAUAGUUUAUGUCACGAGAAAUCAUUCGAGUUAAAACAUUGUAUAGAUAAUGAUCCUUAUAUCAAGCGAUUUGGACUCUACUCUCAGCCCUUCCACACUGGACAUAUUCAAAUUAAUUCAGAGACCUGUUUGUUUCAGACAUUCCUGAUUCAGGAUAAUUUAGUAGUACGGGUACCUGUCUCAGUACUGCAUCCAGAAACUGACAUCAAAUUACCCCAUGGUUUAACAGUCGAACAGUUCUCAGAUCUCGGGCGUAAUUAUUUCAAUUCCAUAUUAGGUUACUCACACCAUCAAGAUCUCAUUAAUCGUCUUCUUCAAUUUGCUGAUUUUAACGGAAAUCAAGAGCUGAGUUUGGGUGAGGUUCAAUCAGUAUGGCGUCUGAUUAACAAUCGAGAAUUUCUCCUUCUUUUUUUAUUCCAUAAACAAUCGUCUGUUCCAAAUAUCAACGGCACUUGUGGGAGUCUAUAUCGCUUCGAAUAUCAUCCAAAAAAUUACUUAUAUCAUUCCAAUAAAUCAGGGUUUUUAUCUGCUAUUUUUACCAAUUCAUAUCGUUGGGGAUUCCCUAGUUUACAUAAGCGUCUAAAAAUAGCUGUGGGUUUAUUAGAGUUAGUGAUUGACCUAUCAGAAACGGAGGGAUUUCCCUUCUUCCUGUGUAAUAUUGACUCCAAUUUAUUUGGAUAUACGGAGAAAUAUGAACUUCUUCUACAAAACAUGAGUGAAUUAAAAUCGGCACAGAUGUUGAAAAAUAUUUUUGCGAAUCGAACGUGUGUGUCAGAUGGUGAUUGCCAGUAUUCGAGUCAGUGUCGAAGUUUGUGUGAUAACGCGACAAGGAAAUGUUCCAGUCAAAUUCUCAAUACUCCAUUAUAUUAUGUUUGUGAUAUUUUACGCGAAUAUAUACUGAUCGGGGAGACAGGGCAUUAUUAUUACGAUCUUAAACAUUAUUUAGAAAAAUGCAUUCAAGUUAGUCCCAAUAUGGUGGAAUUCUCUGCCUAUAUGAACGAGUUUCAUGCAUUUUUGUGGGAUUUUAUCAAAAAUGAUGCAAAGUGA